AGCAGUGCUGCAGUGGGCAAGGAGAAGGCUGAAGUGGAGGCAGCCAAGGGGGCAGUGGAGGGCCAGGCGGGACGUCUUAGCCAGGAGGCCGAGAAGCUGAGAAAGCGGGCACAGGAGCUGGAGAACGAAGUGGCCAAACUCAACCGCAUCAUCGAUGAUGCCAAGCUACAGGAGAGCAAGCUGGGGGACAGAGUCGGCCGGCUUGAGAGAGAGAAGAGGCAGCUGGAAGAGUCUUUGGAAGAAAUCAAGGAGCAGGAGGAGGAGAUGUCACGUGCCAACCGUGCUCUGACCACGCGGUUAGAGGAUGUACAGAGGAACUUGACCAAGCUGAACCAUGACCACAGAGAGCUGGAGGAGAGGCUGAAGGAGGAGAGGAGUCAAAAAGAACAGUUCAAGAACACUAAGAAUGAGAUAGAGGACGAGAGGAGUCUGCUGGACCGCACAGUGGAGAAGCUACAGAGGGAGAUGAGUGAGAUCGUGGAGGCCUCUCAGUCGUCCACCCAGGAGCUGCAGGAGCAGAUAAAUGUGUACAAGGAGAAGAACCGUCGGGAGAUGGCUGAGCUUCAGAGACAGCUGAGGGAACGGGGUGUGGAGCUGGACAAGUCCUGUCUGGCUGCUAAGUCCCUGCAGGAGGAGCUGAGCCACGUGGAAGAAGAUCUGAGGCAGAGUAAGAGGGAAAGGGAUGAUGCGGUCCUCAAGGAGAAGGUCCUGGAUCAGAAAGUCUACCACCUGGAGGUGGAGGCAGAGACCAAAGCCCACUCCAAGGAUGACAAAAUCCGACAGGUCAAACUCAUGGAGGACAGGAUCAAUCAGCUGGAGCUGGAUCUGGAUGAGGAAAAGCAAAGUGGAGACCUGCUGAUUGUCAGGAUAGACCGAGGAAGAGAACAGGUAGAGCAGAUGAGGAAUGAACUCCUGCAGGAGAGGGCUGGCAGACAGGACCUGGAGUGUGACAAGAUGACUCUGGAGAGACAGAACAAGGACCUGAAGAGCAGAAUAGCCCAUCUGGAGGGCUCCCAGAAGUCUAACAAGGAGGGCCUGGUUAGCCAGCUGGAGAGCCGGAUCCAGGAGCUGGAGGAGAGGCUGGAGGGAGAGGAGCGGGACCGUGCCAACCUGCAGCUGGUGAACCGGAGGCUGGAGAGGAAGGUGAAGGAGAUGAUGAUGCAAGUUGAUGAAGAGCACCACUCACUGCAGGAUCAGAAGGACCAGCUGAACCUGCGUCUGAAGGCCCUGAAGAGGCAGAUGGACGAGGCGGAGGAGGAGAUUGACCGGCUGGAACACGGCAAGAAGAAGCUGCAGAGAGACCUGGAUGAACAGCAGGAGGCCAACGAGCAGCUCCAGAGCCAGCUCAAAUCUCUGCGUAGCGAGAUGAGGCGUAAGACUAACUCUGCUCCUCUGGACGACGAUGACGAGGAUGACAUCAGCACGGACGGAGAGACCUACUUCCGCUCUUCAUCUGGCUAUAAACGCUCCUCUAGCCAAGACAACAUCAUAUCAACAUUCUCUUUGUGAACCAACACAAUGAAGAGAAUGUUACUAAAACUACAGAAGGACCAAGUGGACUGACUCCUAUUCAGAGAGACCACUUUCAGGUCACAAUGUGCUUUUGGAAAACUGGUCAAAUAGCAUAGUGAUGUGUGUUUGCUCUUCCUUUCACAGUACAUAGAUUGACAGGGAAUGGUUAGAUAAUAGUUAUUGAUUCAUUACAAUGUAUUGUAAAUGAUUGAUUAUAAUUUAGCAAUAGUUGAAUUAUCAGCACAAUUUCUAAGUUCGAAGUUAAUCAUUGCACGUGUCUUCUUACAUCUUAUGAAUGAUCCAGCAAUGAGAUGUAAAGGGAAUCCAAUUAUUCACUGUGUAAUGCACUGUAAAGGACAGCAUUCUGUAACCUCUUAUGUCUUUUUGAAAUGUAUUAAUCCCUCACUAGAUUUUAUAUCCUUCAUCAAAUAUGUCAAGCCGCUUAUCAAGUCUGAUAGAAACAAAUGUAAUUUGAAACAUUCAUUUUUGUAUUGUGCAUUAGAAUAUCAAUUCAAUUUUGUAAUGAAGUCAGGCAGAGUGUAAGGUCUUAAAUUGAUUUGAGUGAAAUAUUUGCUAUUUAUUUACUGUUGAAUAUAUGAAGAAAUGGCUGAUUGAAGGGCAAUAUGUUUUUAGGGACAUUUGUAUGAGGGAUUCCUCUUUAUACAGAUGCUUUUUUGUAUCUUAAAAAAAAAACCUGAAUAAGGAAUAGUAAUCCAUCCAUAAUGUUAGCGUGGUCUACAGAAAACAUCUCGGUUUUAUCACUUCUGUUUUCAGGUUUAUGACUCCUGACUUAUUCCAGUAUUCAACCCUGCCAUUAUUAAAAUAAGAUACAGUAGAACUUUUAUAAAGACUGGUUAGAUCACCGUUCUCAAAUCAAGGUUCUACUGUGUAUUUUUAGUUGGGCUUUUCUACUAACUACGGGGACUGCUCUGUUACUCCUGAGAUUAUUGUUUAAAUCGUCAAUUGUCCAUUUUUUUUUGCAUUAUAGUAAUUAACACAUUCCUUACUUUUGCUUAAAAGUGAUUCAUCUCUGUAUUUCAUAGAAAUAUGACUUUUACCAGAAACAUGUUACAAUGUGAGAAGAAGCUAUUUAUGUUUAUGGUAUAUCCUCCAAGAACUAAACAGUGUUAAUAUUGGACAUACGAGUCAAUCUACUGUAAAAUGAACUAUCUUUUUUGUUGUUGAGUACCUGUGUUUGUAUUUGCUAUGUGGAUCUGUGGGGAGCAUAUUAAUAUGCUAUAUGACCAUACAGUCAGUACAUGUUAUAAGCAUCUGUUGUGCCUAUAUAUUAUCUGUUGGAGGGGACUGUCCUCUGUUAUGCAAGUUUAUAUGAUGAGGGACUUUCUACAGGUGAGCUGUAUUGACAAUCGAUCUGUUUAGCUACACUGUGAUGAUUUGCACUGUCUGAGGGAUUAUUUCUGAAGGCGUCCAAGGCUGUUGCCAUAUGGAAUGAAGAAGAGGCCUUUGGCUGUGUGCCUCCUCCGGGCGUUUUGGAGUGGGGGGGUUGAGAAGAAAUACUGCCGCUACCUCUCUGUAUGUACACAUCUGUACUUUGCUGAGACUAAAAACCCUGCUAAAAUGAAAUAAAGUUAUCCUUAGUUAAUCUCA